GUUUUCCUUUUUAAGUAUCAGGAGUGGAAAUUACGAAUAUACCCUCAGAUUCGCUACCCCAAACCCCCAUCGUCCUUUUCUCCCAAAUCCCUAAUCCCUACUCCGAUCCCGGCGACGCCACCUCCGCCGCCGCUCACCGACCGCCCAAAUGGAGAGCGGAAGCAUCCUCGAGUCAAUCGGUCAAGAAAUCAUCGGCGUGAUGUCGCCCGUCUCCAUUUGCAUGCUCCUCGUCGUCCUCCUCGUCUACACCGUCUACAACCCCGCCUCAUCCUCCGCCGCCGCCACCACCAUACGCACCGCCGCAAAUUUGGUCUACCUCGAGUCCCCGUCGGAUUCCACCGCACAAAAGCUUGAGGGAGCGAUCCUAAACGCGGUUGUUUUCGUGGUUAUCAUUACCCUCGUAACUUUCCUUCUCGUCCUUCUCUAUUAUUAUCGAUUCACUAAUUUCCUAAUCUACUACACUCGAUUCUCCGUGUUCAUGAUCUUCUCCGCCAUGGGGAGCUCAAUUUUAAUUUCUAUAAUCCAGCGAUUCAGCAUCCCCGUCGACGUCGUGACAUUCUAUGUGUUGCUCUUUAAUUUCACUAUUUUGGGAACUAUUUCCGUGUUUUCCUCUGGAAUUCCGAUCAUUGUGAAGCAGAGUAACAUGGUGGCGUUGGGGAUUAUAGUGGCGGCGUGGUUCUCUCGGUUGCCGGAAUGGACUACUUGGAUUGUGUUGGUGGCAUUAGCAUUGUAUGAUUUAGCUGCUGUUUUGGCUCCCGGUGGACCUCUGAAGAUGCUGGUGGAGUUGGCAUCCAGUAGGGAUGAAGAGUUGCCUGCAUUGGUUUACGAGUCGAGGCCGAAUGUAGGGAGGAAUUCUGGUUCUAGGGCUUCAAGUUUAGGGCUUUUGGUUUCGGCCGGGUUAGGGAUGAGUGGUGAUAACAAUAGUGGUUCUGUAGAAUUGCAGGAAUUGUUGAGGAAUGUUGAUCGCCGCAAUGGAAUCGAGAUCCGUGGAAGGAAUGAGCAUUUGAUGAUUUCAGUUGAGAAUGAUGUGAGGAUUAGUGGAGAUGACAUUGAGGAGGUAAAGGAAGAUGAUGAUCUUGGUGAGACGUCGCCUUUGAUGGGAGAUGGAAAUUCGAUCGAUAGGGUAGUAGGGCCAAGCGAAAGCAGUAAUUAUCGCGGCAAUGGUGAUUCAAACCUUUUGGAAAAUAAUCGUUCUGUAAACAGGGUGUCGCGAGGAAAUGAGAGGGAGGGGGUGGAAAUGGAAGAAGGGAAUCUGAGAGGGAUAAAACUUGGAAUGGGAGAUUUCAUUUUUUAUAGUGUACUUGUCGGGAGGGCGGCAAUGUAUGAUCUCAUGACUGUUUAUGCCUGUUAUCUUGCGAUCAUAUGUGGACUUGGGUGUACGCUCAUAUUAUUGGCUGUGUGUCGUCAUGCAUUGCCGGCGCUUCCCAUUUCAAUUACUCUGGGAAUCAUAUUUUACUUCUUGACAAGACUGCUGAUGGAGCCAUUUGUGGUCGGAGCUUCUACUAAUUUGAUGAUGUUCUGAAUGGUUCCCCUGUUUCUGCUGAUAAUCAGAUUUUUUUGUAGAUUAAGCAAGAUAGGUAACUCCGCCGGCAUCAAGAUAACUUCCAGCAACAUUGAUUCAGGAAUGACGCAAGCAAUUUUCUGUAUCGCAGGUCUGGUCUGUUGUUUGUUGUCGAUAAUAUCUUUUGUUGAUAGCUUUCCAAAAGUCAUUACUCUAAUGUAACAAGAAAUUGGAAACAUGAAAUGUAUCACUUUUUCUGUCGUGUUCUAAGUUGACCUUUA